UGUAAAUCUCAUUCUCCAGAGGAUUACAUGAGUCUGCAUGACAAAUACAAGUCAGAGAUGGCAUCACAAAGUUCAAAUCCUACGUGACUUCCACCAACUAUCUCAUAGCAAUCCUUAAACAAUGACUAAGAGCCUAUUAAAAUAUUACUGUUCACGUAAGCUUCUUGGGCCUCUCACACCUUUUGUGUUCAUCGUCUUUCCUCUAAAUAUAGAGCGAGUUCCAUUAGGAGUUGCUUUGCGGCAAAGUCGAGGGUUCAUCCUGCACCGAGAAAGAUUGACGAUGAAGAGGUUGCGACGACGACGACGAACUCUCCGUCGGUGUGGACAGUGUGGAAGAAGUCGAGCAUGGGCUUCCACGGAACAGAUGGGUUCUCGAUUUAUGAUGGCAUGGGAAGAUCGUCGUUUCGGCUCGACAAUUACUCGAGGAAGCGCAAGUGCUUUGCUGGAGACCUUCUGCUCAUGGAUGGAAAUGGGAAGGCUGUCGUGACUCUGAGGCCUCAGAUCUUGAGCAUGCAGGACAGAUGGAGUGGGCUCAGAGGUGAAGAUGGCCGGGAAACAGAUUUCAGAUCCACUCAUGUCUUCGACACCAGGAGGCGACCGGUCCUUCAAAGUUGCGAUGAGGCCGAGGUGCUCAUGGACAGUACUCCAGACCACAAACUCCCAGAUUUCAGAACCGAAGGAUGUUUCAGAAGAAGAAACUGCAAGAUCAUGAACAGGAAUGACGAUGAAGUGACACGAAUAAGCCGCAACAAGGAGAACAAGUCGGUCGCACCGGGAGACGACGUCUUCAACUUGAUCAUUCAGCCUAACAUGGAGACUGAGCUGAUGGCGGCUUUUCUGGUCCUCAUGGAUCGCAUCUGUACUUAGAAGCAUGUUGCUGUAACAUGGCUCUUCUCCAUGAGUGUGUCUGAGUUCA